AUGAAGUUGAAGUUGAAGUUCUGUGUUGUAGGUAUACAUCGUGGCAGGCGCUGGUUAGUCAUCCACGGGGAUCGUCCGUCCGUCUCCGAGUCUCCUUACUGCUACGGAGCAACUUCAUACUUCAUUCCCCUACUCCUUAUCCCAUACUACAACUCCUACAGCUGUCCAUGGACCAUGAGGGAUUACCACCACAUCUCUCAACAUGAGGACGACACCAGUCAGCCUCUCCGGCCGACCACCUCUCCUCCGUCCUCGCCGCUUGCGCUUCUCCGCAUCUACUGGCUGACCGCUGUCGUGUGUUGCGGAGGGAUGCUUUUUGGCUACGACUCUGGAGUUAUCGGUGGUGUCCUCACCUUUGACUCCUUUCUGCGCGACUUCCAUGCAACCCCUGAUAUGCAGACCCGCGUCAGCGCCGUCGCCGUCGGCAUCCAGCAGGCGGGCGCGCUCGUCGGCUCGCUGGCCGUCUGGCCCAUCACCAACCGCUACGGCCGUCGCUAUGCCAUGAUGAGCUGUUCGGCCAUUUUCUGCGCGGGCGUCGUUUUGGAGGUGCUUAAUCUUCACUCCCUCCCCGUCUUCUAUCUCGGCCGCGUCAUCUGCGGUCUGGGGGUCGGUGGGUCCGCAACCGUCAUCCCCAUCUAUCUCUCGGAGAUGAGCCCCAAGGACAUGCGCGCCCGCCUGGGCAGCUGCUUCCAGUUCACCUUCACCAUCGGCAUCCUCGUCUCCUACUGGAUCGACUACGGCCUGCAGUUCCGCGCCCCGACCCCGGCCCAGUGGCAGAUCCCGCUGGCCCUGCAGCUCGUCCCCGGCGCGCUCAUGGGGCUCGGCAUGCUGACGCUGGACGAAAGUGUGCGCUGGCUCCUCGCCCAUAGCGACGACGCCGGCACAGACGCCCACGCCGCGCGCCACGCCGCCUGGUCCAGUCUGGUGUGGAUCCGCGCGUCCGACGGCCCGGCCGUCGCGGACGAGUUCGCGCAGAUGAAACAGGCCGUCGACGACGACCGCCACGCCAUGGAGGGCUUCCGUCUGCGCGAGCUCCUCGACGCGCCCAACGCGCGCCGCCUCCUCCUCAGCGUCGGGCUCUUCCUCGCCCAGCAGUCCACCGGCGCCACCGCCAUGGCCUACUUCGGCCCGCAGUUCUUCGCCCUCCUCGUCGGCGACAACUACUCACUCACGCUGCUGCUGACCGGCGUGUUCGGCGCCCUCAAGGUCAUCAGCUGUCUAGCGUUCAUCGUGUGGGUGGCCGAGCGGUUCGGGCGCCGCCCGCUGCUCAUCGGCGGCGCCUUCGCCAUGGCCCUCUGCAUGAUCUCCACAGCGGUCGUGCUCAAAACCAACCCAGACGCGCCGGUGGCCGACACCGCCGACGCCGACACAGCAACGGCCCCCCGCGUGUCGAUCCCGGAUAUCAUCACCAUCGCGCUGAUCUACCUCGCCAUCGUCAUCUACAAUCUCUCCUGGGGCCCGCUGCCGUGGCCCUGCGCCGCGGAACUUUUCUCCACGCGCAUCCGCGAGCCCGGCGUGGCUGUCGGCGUUGCCGCCCAGUGGCUCUCCAACUUCAUCUGGUCCUUCAGCACGCCGUACAUCAUCGCUGGCAUCGGCUGGGCCAGCUUCCUCCUCUUCGGCCUGCUGGAUCUAGCCAUCUCGGCCUUUGCCGCCGUCUGUCUCCCCGAGACGGCCGGCAAGUCCCUCGAGGAGAUCGACGCGCUGUUCGACCCCGUCGGGGCGGCUGCCCGCAGCGCCGAUGACGAGGAGGACGCCACUGCCCCGUUGAACGGGAAGGGCUCUUUUGCCGAGGAGCGGGAGCGUUUUGGUGGUUGGAGUCGGCGGGAGUCGCAUAGCCUAUGA